AGAGACGACGAACCAUGUCGAAACCCGAGGUGGAGAAUCUCUUUUCUCUCUGCGACUCCGAAUCCAAGGGAUACCUGACGAUGGAGGAUUUGAGGAAAGUGUGCCCACAGCUUGAUGAUAAUGAUUUGCGUUUCAUAUUCACGGAGUUGGAUCAAGAUGGUUCUGGAAAAAUUGAGAAGUUGGAAUUUUUGCGGGGUUUCCAAGACACUGUACAGCACGGAGAAAGUCAUGGCCUGAAUGGUAUGCAGCGUCGAGCAUCGGUUGCUGUAGAGGACCCACCAAUGUUUCUACGUGAUGAACAAAUGUUUGACAGUGAAAGUGACUCGACUUCCUCUCGACCAGCGAUCCGAGUAUUUGACGAAGAACACUAUCAUUCAGAGUCCGAUACAAAUAUUAACAUUGACUUUAGCGUUCCAUGCCAAGAAGAAGUAUUGGUGCUGUACGAACAACUACAGUCAUCUGGUGUUCCUGCAUUGUUAAGGAAGUUUGAGAGAGUUGUUGGAUCAUUUCACAAAGAACUAUCAGAGAAGAAGCAUGAAAAUGAGCGACUUCAACGUAUUUAUGCAAGUGAACGUGAAAUGUACAAUCGUAGAAUGGAAGAGAUGGAAAGCGAAGUUGACCAACAACUGGAGCUCACAGAAAUGAAAGCCCGGCAAGAGGAGCGAGACCGUCUGACAAAAGAGAAAGAAGAAAUGCGCCAAAGAAUGUCGGAUGAAAUGUCAGAAAUGAGAAACAACAUAGAAAGACUGCAGAAAAUGGAAAAAGCUCUUGAACGAGAAAAUGAACGGCUGAACCAUCAAAAAGAGUUGUCUGAUAAACUGAAAGUUGUAAAUGAGGAAAAUAACGACUUGCGACAAAAUCUUGCUGAAAACCAUCUCGAACUGGCGAUGAUCAAGAGUGAGCUUGCACAAGUCAGAUGUGAAUUUGAUCAGAAGCAGGAUGAACUUUCUGCAAGAAGAGAUCAAGCUUCCCACGCCACCGAGGAAAGUGAAUCUGUCAGGAAACAAUUGCAACUCCUAUUUGAUGCCAAUCGCAAAUUGCACGAAACCAAUGAAAGCCUCCGCGAUGCACUGGAUAGCAGAGCAUCUGUUCUCCGACAGUUCAAUUUGAGAACUCCUUCUCCCGGAUUGCUCAGCUCGAAUCGUAAUUCUGUGGAGAACUUUCAAACGUCCACGAACGUGUUCCGAUCCGUGCCACUUCAUGCGAUUAGUACUGAGGAGCAAGUGCCAGAAACAUCAUUGAUUCUAGACGAUGCGCAUAGCUUGCAAGGGCUCGAUACUCCGGGAGAUCUUAUGGGCCUCAAUGAUGCUAACGGCCCAGCUGAAAGAACGUUCCGUAUCGUGAUGUGUGGAGACGCCGCUGUUGGAAAAAGUAGUUUUGUAAUGCGGGUGAUCCGUCGUCAAUUCACAAAUCAGCUCCCCAGCACACUUGGCGUAGAUUUUCACGUGAAGACUGUCAAUGUUGACGGAAGAAACGUUGCACUUCAGCUAUGGGACACCGCGGGACAAGAACGUUUCCGAUCACUUUGUAAAUCAUAUUUUCGUCGAGCUGAUGGAGCAAUCCUAGUCUAUGACGUCUGUGCGGAGCAGUCGUUUCUCCGUGUUCGCGACUGGAUUGAGACUAUAAAGGAGUCAACAGAAAGGAGUAUUCCGAUCAUUUUGGUAGGAAACAAGGUUGAUAUGCGUAUUUCGACGCCAGGCUCGGUGGCAAAGACAGAUGGUGCAAGUAUGGCUGCGGCGAUGGGAGUUCUAUUCAUGGAAACCAGUGCUUUAGACGGAAGUAACAUUGAUAACGCUAUGUUGGCACUAACCAGAGAGCUCAUGGCAGUAGAAGAUGUUGAAAUUCGCUCAACAGGUGUUGUGCUCAAUCCAGCAGUUGCAAAGAAGGGUGGAUGUUUCUCAAAGUGUCGUGGUUCUUAAUCAUCUUAGCACGCAUUGUUUCUAAUGCUUCGUCAACAAGAAAACAACGUUCAUAUAUAAUACCAGUCAUUACAAAAAUUCUCAUAAUAUAUACUAGCUUGGUAGUCUGCAUGUGUAUUUGGCUUUCGAUAUUUAAGUUUUAAAAUCGUCGACAUUCUCGAUUGACUUCCUUUAUUUUUGAUUUUUAUAUUUUUUAUUACAUUGAUAAAACUAAUAAAAAUCAAGGUAGAUUCACUUGGUGAACCGAGUGGUAUAAAAGUUUAAA